AUGCUACUCGCGAUAUUUUUGCCGAGCCGGGAAAGUGUUAAAGAAAAAUUCUUAGCCCCGGGACCUGAAAACGAUAUCUUUCGAAACAGCUUGCAAGACGAUCGCGCUUUGUAAAGAAUGAUAAAAAUUACAGACAUAAAUCCGAUAUCGAUAUCUYACGCUGUGUUUUCGGGGAUUUGGAUUUUGAAAUGUUGUAAUCUUGUAACCAUUUGCCACACCUUCAAUACUUCGUUACUUGCCUGUUUUUAUUCAUUUUUUGUAAAGUUUAUCCUCGGAUAUUCGACUAGUCGCAAAAGGGGUGAAAUAUGUUCGACGUUACACUAUGUUACGGGAUAAUAUUUCCGAUGUCUGCUCCAAAACCUGAAGUAUUUUKUAUGAACGCUUGCUAUUCAGUCAAGUUUAUAUCCGUAGUUUACAGAAAGGCUAAUUGAAUAAGAUAUUCCGACAAAAUCCAAUUAAAAGAAUCUCGGGUGCAGUCGGAUAUGUUUCGGUCUAUUGACGAAAGUURCCGAAGGUGCGUCGAUGACGUUCCGGAACAUUCCUUGUAGCGCCAGUCAGUCAGAAUGCUCAGACCUGGUGGAAAACUUAAAAGAACCUAUAUCUAUAUGCACGAUUUUGAUUUCUAAUACACCAAAAGGUACAAUAAAAGUCUAUGAAGUCGCAUUAGUAAGGCAAUGAUAAUCGUAAUGUCACGUUGUUUUUUGAUACUGACGUCACGUUGAUUGAGGAAUGUGUGACGUCAGGAGGAGUGGAUCUUGAACGUUGCGUGACAUAAGGAAGUACUUCCUGUUGUCUUCAAAGUAAACAAAAAUAAAUGUGCUAAAAUAAGUUAGUUUUAGGAAAGGUCAAAUUCAGCUUUGAAGUUUAUUUAGAGUUGUAAAAAAUUCCUGACACAAAAAACCAUACUUUUUAAUAGCAUUCAUAGCAAUUCAUGUAAUUUAAUCCAAUUAACUGAGACAUCUAUAAAUAAUSCAAUCAUCACAGCAUCAGUAGGAUUUUUCUACGGYACACGUGGGUGGAAUCAGUCGUCAUUGUUCAUGAGUAAAUGAAGGUAUUUACAUAUCUAAUUCAUGGCUUAGUGUCACCAACCUCUGCCGUCACACAGGAUGAGGCGGCCAUCAAUUGACCAAUAGKGUUUGCUGUUCUGUCAUCGUAAGGAAUCACUAACAYAAGGUGGGAUUGAGGGUCGACUAGUCUGUGGAUAAAAAUUGGUCAACCGCGAGAAUUCUCACAAAUACGCACAUCAUCAAGACAAAGCGAAAGCAACAGCCACCUUACGGAUUUUGAUAGCAUUCGGCAAGGAUCACGCSGAGAGUACUACCAUCGCGAUGAAGUUUCUUUUURAAGCAUUUUGGAGUUUUUCUUUUAGUUUUGUUUUAGUGAAAUCAUUUAACUUGGACCUUCAUGAACCUCUAGUGAUGACAUCUGGGGCCAGUGGCGAGUAUUUUGGGUUUUCAGUCGCGCUCCACUCACACGGGGCCGAAAAAUGGGUUCUUGUAGGUGCACCAYUAGCUAAUCAGACGGUACCAACUGGUUCACGGUAUAAGGUUCAUGAGAGAUAUGGUACGGUUUAUAAAUGUAAGCCGACGAAAGGAGGAAGCUGUGAAACUGUGCCUAUUGACACUUCAUAAUACUAGAGAUUUCCUGUACAGUUACCGGUCAGACGGCUUUUGUCAAGCAGGAUUUGCCGCCUCAGUCUUUAACGAUGGUCAGACGCUUGCUUUGAGUGCUGUUGGCAAAAACUAUGGGAGAGGAUCUGUCGGGGUUCAUUUUCCUGAUACAGAGGAAACAAUAUUUGCCUCGUCAUCGGAUGUAAAGAUGGACUACUUUGGUGACUCCAUGGGUUAUGCUGUUACAACGGGACAAUUCAUGCCACGUUAUGACGAGCAUAUUGUAGGAAGUUCUCCU